GGCAACCCAAUUUAAAUAUAUUAUUUUUCGUUAAGCCGUCUGGCAACUUUUUUAUGUAAGAAAAUCGAACUGAACUUUUUGAACAAGCUAAGAAAAUCGAACAAAACUAUUUUACCGUUUCUGAGAAAAUAUAAGAAAGAAAUAGAAGCCAAAUAUUGUGUUCAGCGUUUUUAUUAUAAAUUGAGAAAUAGGUGAAAUAUAGAAGUGUGGAAAUAACCCCCACAUAAUUGGUGACCCCGCAAAGAAUAAGCGCGUAAAAAAGAAACUUAAGGAACGCCUUCCACUAUAAUCAUCCAACACAUAAGCGCCGGCGUGACGACAAACAAGCGCAAAUUCAAAGCUGCUACGCAAUUGACUUUGUUGGCAGUUACAACGUGUAUACAUCAACUGCAAUCAGCAUAUUCUUGCAUCGCGAUGCCACUGCUGAAUUCACCUAACAAAGAAGAAGGCACACCGAAAUCGGACGCAACUUGGUCGGCUCAGCAAGCCCGGGCAGAAGCGGAUGCAAGAGAAGGGGGCCAACACAACGCAAUAGAAGCAAUUGGUGUCAUCAGACUACCCCAGUUUUUGCCAUCGGACCCAGACCUGUGGUUCACGCAAAUAGACGGUUUGUUGCACAUAAAUCGCAUCACAUCUGAUGUCUCGAAAUAUUACACCGUAAUCACAGCACUUGAUGCAGAAACCCUACGCCAAGUUUCAGAUGUUGCAAGAAACCCACCGGACACGGGCAAGUAUGACAAAUUGAAAAAGGAACUAAUUGCUCGUUUCAGUGAGUCCAAAGAGAAGCAGCUGAUGAAACUUCUAACAGGAAUAGAACUGUUCAACAAGAAACCCAGUCAAUUGUUGAGGGAAAUGCGUGAUCUGGCCGGCAAUAACGUAUCUAAUGAAGCUCUGUCAACAUUGUGGUUGCAGCGGAUGCCCAACAACGUUCGUUGCAUAUUGUCGGCGUGCAAGUCUACAGACUUGGAAAAUCUCGCCGAGGUAGCCGAUCGAAUUGUAGAUAAUUCACCCUCAUACAUAGUCGCAUCUACAACCAUUCCGCAAGACAACGAAGCCAAUUGCUCAGCUAUAAACAUAUCCAAGCAAAAUACCUUUGAAGCACGACUAUUGGCGUUGGAGACCUCCUUCAACCAAAUUAUUCAAAAACUAAGCGAAAUAUCAGUCAACAUGGCUGCAACAAUGAACCAGCGCCGUGGUUCAAGCGCCGAACGCGCCGGCGAACGAAGCAGAAGUCGACUACGUGAAAACGCAAAAGUAUGUUACUACCAUAUUCGAUUUGGUGCAGCAUCGAGGAAAUGUCAAGCUCCAUGCGAAUUCAACAAACCUACGGACGGCACGCAGGGAAACUAA